GCAGCGGAGCCGCUGUUCUCAGCUGCAGCCAGGAUCUGCCCCCGGCCCCGCUGGGAUCCAGACAGGCUGCAGAAUGUUUUGCUCCAGCUCAUCCCAGCCUGGCGUGGGACAGGGAAGAGAAAUGGCUGCAGUGGAGUCAGUCCAGGGGCUGGUGACCUUCAAGGAGAUGGCUAUGUAUUUCACCAGGGAAGAGUGGGCUCUGCUGGACCCCACUCAGAGAGCCCUCUACUGGGAUGUCAUGCAGGAGAACUAUGAGACUGUGACCUCGCUGGGCCAGAGAAUAACAUCCAUGUUUCGCUGCAGAUCAUCUCGUCCUCCCAGGGGCAAGGAAAUGGCUGCAAUGGAGCUGGCUCAGGGGCCGGUGACCUUCGAGGAGGUGGCUGUGUAUUUCUCCAGGGAAGAGGGGACUCUGCUGGACCCCACUCAGAGAGCCCUCUACAGAGAUGUCAUGCAGGGGAACUAUGAGACGAUGGUCUUGCUGGGUAAGGAUUCCUGUCCCUUCUGUUCUUGGAAGGGGAAAUGAAGAGUGAAGGUUCAUGCCACCCCCACAAUGCCAUCUGUACCCUGUCCUGUUUCAGCAUCACCCCAAUAGGCCAGUAACAUACAUACUACCAGAGACCCUCCUCUGCUGCAGAACACUUUGGGAACAGAGCACAGGAGCAGCAUCACACAAUGUCAAAUAUCUCCUCUUUACUCAAGUAAAACUGGGGUUAGGUCCAGCAUAAUGAACAGAAGCUUCCUACCCCCAGCCUUCUCUCAAACCCUGAGCCUUCUCUACCCAAACCAGAAUGUGCUUGGGGUGUAACAAGCAGGCGGCUGGAGUCAGAGCUG